CCGUUGUUGGCAGGCAGCACCAGUUGGUAAGGAGGAGGGUCCUCGACUGAAAACAGUCGGCAAAUCAACACGGACAGGUGUCGAGGUGUAAGUAGUGCGUCGAGAUGGGCAACACAAGCGACCGGGUUUCAGCAGACCGCCACGGGGCCAAAGCCCACCGGUCAGACAGCGCCGGGGGUCACAAGGACCACGAGCCCAGCGGCAAGAUGGUGGACAGCACCGACGACCCCAACAUCUUCAACACAUACGGACCAGAGUCCAAGGUUUUAGGAGAGAAGGAAUUUACGCCAGACUUGGACGAUUUGGUGAAAACUGUUCCUCAGGCUCGGCCCACGGUCAUCCGCUGGGCUGGAGGGGGCAAGGAGGUCUACAUAGCGGGCUCCUUUAAUAACUGGAGCACUAAGAUACCCCUCAAUAAAAGCCACAAUGACUUUGUAGCAAUUCUGGACUUGCCUGAAGGUGAGCAUCAGUACAAGUUUUUCGUGGAUGGACAAUGGGUGCAUGACCCCUCAGAGCCGGUGGUGACGAGCCAGCUCGGUACAAUCAAUAACCUCAUCCAGGUGAAGAAAUCCGACUUUGAGGUGUUUGACGCCCUGCAGGUGGACUCUCUGGAGUGCUCUGAUACGUCAGAUUUGUCCAGCUCCCCUCCAGGUCCUUACAGUCAGGAUCAGUACGCGUUCAAACCAGAGGAGCACUUCAAAGCUCCGCCCAUACUCCCCCCUCACCUCCUUCAGGUCAUACUCAACAAAGACACAAAUAUUUCGUGUGACCCCGCCCUGCUUCCUGAACCCAACCAUGUGAUGCUGAACCAUCUGUAUGCGCUCUCCAUAAAGGAUGGCGUCAUGGUGCUGAGCGCAACUCACAGAUACAAGAAGAAAUAUGUGACCUCUUUGCUGUACAAGCCUAUCUAAGCCUCACCUUUGGGAUAGCAGCAUGUUGUUGUUGUUGUUGUUGUUGGGAGGGGGUGACAUUCAGCCAAAUUGUGCACUUGAAACAAGUUUACUGGUUAUUCAUGGCAGUGGGCGUGGCCAAGUAUCACAACGUCGCGCCUCGAUUGUCUACAUUUAGGGCUAUGGAACAACGGACAACUCCGAUGUGGCUUCGACUGAAUCACUGUGUGUGUGUGUUUGCUGCACUUUGUGACCAUAUGCAUGCUGGUGUUAAAUUCAAAGGGCAGACCGAGACCAGUUCAACUACUAAAAAGAGCUGCAAAGUUGUCGUUGCUCGAGCAUCAAGUGCAAUAAUAAGUCAUUUACUGUAUGUGGAGUUCAAACAGGUUGUGUUCUUGAUAAUGAGCUUUUUAUCUAUGCAGUCUGACAGUGCAGUGCAGUUAUCUUUCACUGUGUGUGCGUGUUUUUACUGUAUUUAUUCAGGCAGACUACUGUUACAUGUGAGCAUUUAUUGACAAAAAGGCAUCCAAAAUCAGACGGCAUUUUUGUUUUUGACGUCAAAACUUGAUCUGAAAAGUGAAGCCGUGUUGGGAGCAACGACUCCUCUUGUUUGUUGUCAUUUUUUUAAAUUAAUUUGAAUGAGAAAAUGCAGAAUCUCGCUCAUAAGGAGCGUCUACAGGCGUCAGUGUUUUGGAGCUGAAACCCACCAAAACUUGAAUUUUACAGCCAUUUAUGAAUGUUUCCAAUGCUUUGCCAUUGUAAGUGUGAGAUUAUUUGCACAAAGUUGUAUUUGUUUAAAAAAAAUAAAGAGGGAAAAGUUUUAUUAA